CGAUAACCAAGCAGAGCUUUUACUAUUCCCUACCACUAGGGCUUUACUCGGCUAUCUCAGAACGUUUCAGGGACAUAAACAUGGGUUCGAAAUCAAAGCCUCUCAGACUAAAAAAGAAGUCAAAGCGUGAAGAAAUUGUUAAAGAUAGGAUUAGUGAGUUGCCUGAUUCAAUUCUUUGUCACAUGCUUUCCUUCAUUCCAACAAAAUAUGCUGUGAGGACCUGCAUUUUGUCUACAAAAUGGAAGAGCAUAUGGGCUUCUGUUCCCAAUCUUGACUUCGAAUAUAGAGAUGACUUUGUUUUGUGGUCACAUGAAUAUGAUUAUGAGUCCCAUGCUGGCUUUUUCACUUUUGUUGAUCGUGUACUUUCCUGCCGUGACCUGUUAGAUAUUAAAAAAUGUCGUCUUCAUUGUGACUGCCGCGAAGAGGAUUUCUCUCGCAUUGAUGGUUGGAUUCGAACUGUCAGUAGGCAUAAUGUUGUUGAACUUGAUCUUGAUGUUAAAAUAGGACUUGAUGAAGAUAUUGACCCGCCUUUGGAGUUGCCUCAAUGUGUUUUCAUGUGCAAAACACUGGUGGUUUUGAAGGUGAAUUCAAAUUGUAUUACAUACACUACUCCUACAUCAGGGUGUUUUCCAAGUCUCAAGUUCCUACAUGUCAGUGUUGAGUAUCCUGAUAAUGACUCAAUGGAAGAGAUUUUUUCUUGCUGCCCUGUUCUUGAAUGUUUGACUAUAAAUGGAAUUCUAGGAUUAGAUGAUGUUUUGAACUUCAACAUCUCUGUGCCUGAACUAAGGACGUUGAGACUGGAAUUGGAACUUAGCAAUGAUUAUGAUGUAGAUAUUAAGCACACUUUUUUUGUAAAUUGCCCAAAGCUUGAAAGCCUUGAUAUCAAGCAGGAUAUUUUGUCAAAUUAUUUAUUCGAGAAUGUGAAACCUUGGUCAAAGAAAAUGUCGAUCUCGGGUACCGUUUUGCGCACGAAGAGUUUAGAGUUUUAUUUGAUCAGUGAUAUGAAUGGAAACUUGUUUAGAGUUUGGCAGAUUGAGAUGAAUCACAUGUUUGAGAAGCCUGAGCUGGUUGAGAUGGUUGGGAUUGAGAUGCUUGAGUUGCUUCAGAUGGUUGGGAUUGAGAAGCAUGAGCUACUUGUGAUGGUUGGGAUUGAGAAGCCUGCGGUGGUUGAGAUUGUUGGGAUUGAGAAGCCUCGGCUACUUUAG